AUGUCGUCUUUACUCUGCUGUGAUGAGUCUAAAGAAGAUGAAUGGAAUGCUAUCAUUCAAGGAGGUGAUCUUUUCAAGAUAAUCAAGCUAGAAACCACUUCCAAGGAAGCUAAAGCAUUUGUAAUGGGCGUUGGGUUAACUGCAUCUGAUAUCAAAGUCAUAUCUUGGAAUGGAAAAACUGAGGUGGAUGUAACGCUAUACGGUAGAAUGUUUGUUUUCCAGUUGGUCAAGACGGAGGAUAGAAAGAAAACUGGACUACUUUUUUCAACCGCUCUUGCUCUAUUGGAAACUCAACUGCUGGAAGCUCAACCAAUCGACGUCUCUACCGUGGCUCCGCCUGUCGUCUCCAACAAAUGCUCUGGCUCACCAGGAACUCAAGCGUCUAAAGUAUCCUUCUGUUCUAUUGACACUGUUGAAUAA